CUGGAUAUCUCUCCGAUGCCUGACAUCAUUUAAAUUGAAGAUCAAUCCAUAUCAAUUCUGAAUCUUUAAAAGCUCGAACAAAAGAUAUUGAUGUAAAAAAUAAAAAUGAAUUUUAUCUGUAGAAUAGCACUGUACCAAAAAUUAUGCAACUCUUCUAGAAAUGUUGAUAAAUAAACCAAAUCAGCUGAACUUCUGUGUUAUCCACUAGAUUUUAAUAUUUUUCAAGUUUCAGUGUUUAUCGAAGUCAUUAUUAAAUUUCAUGCAUCAUGUCUAAUAUCGAUCAGGUAAAGAAAAUAUUGCUAAUCCUUUCUGGUAAAGGUGGUGUUGGUAAAAGUACCACGGCCGUUAAUUUGGCUCUAUCGUUGAGUAAGAUGGGCAAAAAAGUUGGUUUGCUUGAUUUAGAUUUGUGUGGACCCAGCAUUGCCUUGAUGACUGGUUUGAAUGAAACCACCAUUUAUCGUAAUGAAAAAGGAUGGAUACCAUUAACAACGUUAACAACACCGCCAUUUUCGCCUUUAGCUGUGAUGUCGAUUGCAUUCCUACUUAAAAAUAGUAGUUCAGCUGUAAUUUGGCGGGGACCCAAAAAGAAUGCCAUGAUUAAACAGUUCUUGGAAGAUGUUGAUUGGGGCGACCUUGAUUACCUUUUAAUUGAUACUCCACCUGGAACAUCAGAUGAACAUAUUUCUGUUGCUGAGGCACUUAAACACAGAGCUGAUGAUGUCAGCGCGAUUUUGGUUACUACUCCUCAAAUAAUUGCCGUCAACGAUGUUCGCCGAGAAAUUACUUUCUGCCAUAAAGCAGGAAUACCAAUAGUGGGCAUAAUCGAGAAUAUGAGUGGUUAUGUGUGUCCUCAUUGUUCUGAUUGCACUAACAUAUUCUCGAGUGGUGGUGGUCAAUCAUUAGCAGAACUUGCCAAUGUCACAUUUCUAGGCAACAUACCAAUUGAUCCUGACCUCUGUGAAUCAGCUGAAAAGGGAAUUAAUUACCUGAAUCAAUUUGAAAACUCAGAAGCAUCUAAACGACUAUCUGACAUAGCUGGUAAGCUCAUAACUCAAACAACCUGAAUGAUAGUUACUUUUCAUUUUUAAUAUGCAUUGCUAAAAUAAACUAAGAAUUAACAGUUAA